CAAAACAAGAAAAGGAAGUAUUUGAGAUGGGAAACCUUAGAGCUGUUCUUUUAGUCUUAUUUGCUUCUUCAAUGGCUCUUAUAUGUUCUGUGCACGCUACAUGUCAAGACAGUACUGUCUUCUAUUGGGGUGCUGAUCGUGGUCGUUAUAUUGGUUCAGACACUGUUGAACUCAUGCUAAAUAAAAGUGGAGGAACUGGAAUAAAAUCAAAUGUAUUUUACAUGUAUGGAUCUAUUAGCUUUAGCAUCAAGCUACCUUCUGGCAACUCUGCUGGAACUGUUGCCACUUUCUACCUCUCUUCUUAUGGUGAUACACAUGAUGAAAUUGACUACGAGUUUCUUGGAAAUGUCACUAACGAACCUUACACAAUUCACACGAAUAUUUACACUCAAGGAUAUGGUAAACGCGAAAUACAAUUCAAGCCUUGGUUCGACCCAACUGAUGGUUACCAUACCUACACCAUCUUCUGGAACUUCUAUGAAGUCGUGUGGAUUGUAGACGGCAAACCAAUUCGAGUUUACAGAAAACACCAAGGCUAUGAUUACCCAGAUGCACAACCCAUGAAAGCUUAUGCUAGCUUUUGGAAUGCAGACGAUUGGGCCACUCAGAAAGGGCGUGUUAAGACCGACUGGAGUCUCGCACCAUUCAAAGCCAUGGUACAGAACUACAAGGAUGAUGCUUGCAAAUGCACUCAGAAUGAUCAAAGCUGCGUGGAUAGAUGUAGCGUGAAAAAUGAAAAUAAUUGGUGGACAAAGGACAAGUAUCAAAAACUCAGUCCAACACAGAAGGAAGAGAUGGACAGGAUCAGAGCUAAUUAUAUGAUUUAUGACUUUUGUGCUGAUCCUAAGAGGUUUAAUGGAACAGUCCCACAGGAAUGUUCUCUUGCACAAUACUAAUAUGAUCAUCAUUGAACCUUUUUACAAAGCUUUGUGCCUCAAGAAAUAGGCACUAUCAACAUCACAACAUUAUUUCUCCUAUUGUUUCAAUGUUCUUUUUUAUUUUUCAUAUUUCCAAUGAAAAUUCAUUCAUUCUUGUAUGUCAUCCUCUACAAUUGGUUGCUUCUUUGUUUUGAUUUGUUCUAUACGGGUUUGAAACUUUCUAUUUUUUCUGGUGAGUCAUUUAAUCUCUACUUGAUCCGAGUUGACUAGGGUUUCCUCAACUCAAAAGGCUCGGGUGUAAGGUCUUUUAUCUAAUCGUUUUUAUCAAUGUGGAAAAUAAAACUCG